UAAAGUCUUAUAUAUAUAAAUGAAAUGAAAUGCAUUUUGUUUUAGAUAGAGCAAAUUUCAUUUUUGGAAUUGUAAUUGGGAAUAAUCAAUAUCUACACAGGGAUGAUACUCAGCAUUCUGUUCCUUUUUCUCGCCACUCACGGUAUUAUUAGCUCUGCCCAAGUGUCAAACGAUGACCUGAAGCGGUUUGCAGAUGCCAGCAAUAAUUUAGCUGCUAGUCUUUAUCCAAGAUUGAUUAAUGGAAAUACAGACAAUAUAUUCUUUUGCCCUCUCAGUUUGAUGACAGGUUUAGGAAUAAUGUUAUAUGGAGCCAGGGGAAACACACAGCAAGAGCUGUAUUCUGUCUUGGGCUACGAAGCAGCUGGCUUACCUUUAUAUAAAGUUCCAUCAACCUACAACUAUUACUUCUCACAAAUGCUGCCAGAAAACAAUCCAAACCAAGUAAACUACAGCCUUUACUGUGCCGAUGAAGUUUUAGUAACGGAUCGAGCACCAUUAUAUUCUCAGUUUCAAGAAGAGGCUCAAAAUCUAUAUGAUUCAACCGUUCAAAAUGUUAAUUUUUUGUACGCUAAUGACGUUACUAGAGGUAUCAAUAAUUUCGUCAAUCAACAAACAUAUGGGAAAAUUAAUAGUGUUGUAAAUAGUGUGGACGCUUUCUCAUCUGCGCUACUCAUAGAUGCUGCGUUUUUUAAAGGAAAAUGGGAGACACCUUUUCCACCUUAUUUGUCAUUACCUCAACCAUUUUACUCACCAACGGAAACAAAGAAUGUUCCAUUUAUGCAAGUUAUCCACUCAUUCCCUUACUUAGAAGAUGAUACUUAUCAAGCUUUAUUGUUACCAUACAUUGGAGGAAAUAUAGGUUUACUAAUUUUACUACCAAAACAGCAAAAUGGUCUCUCAAGUUUAGAAAAGAAUAUGACCCCGGACAAUAUUGUAAACGUUCUAAACCAGUUGCAGUCUCAAAAGACAAUGGUACUUCUUCCGAAAUUCAAAUUCCAGUACUACCGAGAUUUCUCGAAAGAUUUUGAAGCAUUGGGAGCUGAAAGCGCGUACGAUGGAUCAGGAGAUUUUUCUGGCAUGACAUUUAGUAAAGGAUUAGCUGUCUCUGGAACGCUUCACAAGACUGCUCUGGAAGUUGAUGAAUCGAACCAAGGAGCUGGUAUGACCGUUGACUUUACACCUCCUGUCCCACCAACAAUUCUAGCAAACCACCCUUUCAUGUUUGCAGUUGUAGACAGAAGAAUUAAUUUGUUAAUUUUUCUGGGUCGCGUUAUUAAUGUGUACAUGGUUUUCUUCAAUUUGUUCCUUCUUAUCAUCGCUCAUGCUGUGAUGAGCUCAGCCGAGGUAUCACAAGAGGACCUAAAUAAGUUUGCAGUUGCCAACAACAUAUUAGCAGCUAAACUUUAUCCUAGAUUGAUUAAUGGAAAUACGGACAAUGUAUUCUUUUGCCCCGCCAGUUUAAUGACAGGAUUAGGAAUACUUUUACAUGGAGCCAGAGGAAAUACUCAAAAGGAGCUGUAUUCUGUCUUGGGUUAUGAAGCAGCUGGCUUACCUUUAUAUAAAGUUCCAUCAACAUACAACUAUUACUUCUCACAAAUGCUACCAGAAAACAAUCCAAACCAAGUAAACUACAGCCUUUACUGUGCCGAUGAAGUUUUAGUAACGGAUCGAGCACCAUUAUAUCCUCAUAUUGUAAAUAGUGUGAAUGGCUUCUCAUCUGCGCUACUCAUAGAUGCUGUGUUUUUUAAAGGAAAGUGGGAGACACCUUUUCCACCUUAUUUGUCAUUGCCUCAACCAUUUUACUCACCAACGGAAACAAAGAAUGUUCCAUUUAUGCAAGUUAUCCACUCAUUCCCUUACUUUGAAGGAUAUAAUUAUCAAGCUUUAUUGUUACCAUACAUUGGAGGAAAUACUGGCUUACUAAUUUUACUACCACGACAGAAAAAUGGUCUCACAAGUUUAGAAAAGACCAUGACCCCCGACAAUAUUGUAAACGUUCUAAACCAGUUGCAGUCACAAAAGACAAUGGUCCUUCUUCCGAAAUUCAAAUUCCAGUACUACCGAGAUUUCUCGAAAGAUUUUAGAGCAUUGGGAGCUGAAAGCGCGUACGAUGGAUCGGGUGAUUUUUCUGACAUGACAUUUAGUAAAGGAUUAGCUGUCUCUGGAACACUUCACAAGACUGCUCUGGAAGUUGAUGAAUCGAACCAAAGAGCUGGUAUGACAGUUGACUUUACACCUCCUGUUCCACCAACAAUUUUAGCAAACCACCCUUUCAUGUUUCUGGUAGAUCUGGUUUAUCAGAGUAAAGACAUGGUUUUCUACAAUUUGUUCCUUCUUAUCAUCGCUCAUGCUAUGAUGAGCUCAGCCGAGGUAUCACAAGAGGACCUAAGAAAGUUUGCAGUUGCCAACAAUAUAUUAGCCGCUAAACUUUAUCCUAGAUUGAUUAAUGGAAAUGCGGACAAUGUGUUCUUCUGUCCCGCCAGUUUACUGACAGGAUUAGGAAUACUUUUAUAUGGAGCCAGAGGAAAUACCCAAAAGGAGCUGUAUUCUGUUUUGGGUUACGAAGCAGCCGGCUUACCUUUAUAUAAAGUUCCAUCAACCUACAACUAUUACUUCUCACAAAUGCUGCCCGAAAACAUUCCAAACCUAGUAAAUUAUACCCUUUAUUGUGCCGAUGAAGUUUUAGUAACGGAUCGAGCUCCACUGUAUUCUCAGUUUCAAGAAGAGGCUCAAAAUCUAUAUGAUUCAACCAUUCAAAAUGUUAAUUUUUUUAACACUAAUGUCGUUACUAGUGGUAUCAAUAAUUUCGUCAAUCAACACACACAUGGGAAAAUUCAUAGUAUUGUAAAUAGUGUGGACUCUUUCUCAUCUGCGCUACUCAUAGAUGCUGCGUUUUUUAAAGGAAAGUGGGAGACACCUUUUCCACCUUAUUUGUCAUUACCUCAACCAUUUUACUCACCAACGGAAACAAAGAAUGUUCCAUUUAUGCAAGUUAUCCACUCAUUCCCUUACUUUAAAGGUAAUAAUUAUCAAGCUUUAUUGUUACCAUACAUUGGAGGAAAUAUUGGCUUACUAAUUUUAUUACCACAGCAGAAAAAUGGUCUCGCAUGUUUAGAAAAGAGUAUGACCCCUGACAAUAUUGUAAACGUUCUAAGCAAGUUGCAGUCUCAAAAGACAAUGGUCCUUCUUCCGAAAUUCAAAUUCCAGUACUACCGAGAUUUUUCGAAGGAUUUUGAAGCAUUGGGAGCUGAAAGCGCAUACGAUGGAUCGGGUGAUUUUUCUGGCAUGACAUUCAGUAAAGGAUUAGCUGUCUCUGGAACGCUUCACAAGACUGCUCUGGAAGUUGAUGAAUCGAACCAAGGAGCUGGUAUGACUGUUGACUUUUCACCUCCUAUUCCACCAACAAUUUUAGCAAACCACCCUUUCAUGUUUGCAGUUGUAGACAUAAGAAUUAAUUUGUUAAUUUUUCUGGGUCGAGUUAUUAAUGUAGACUUUGACCAUUGUAUAUAACAAUUCUGUAUGUUCGCUAUGGAAACUGUUAUCAAAUAAAGGAAAAGUUCAGAGAUUAA